AUGUCUCCUCUCGUUCUCUUCAUCGAUAAAGAUUUAAAAAGGAAAAAAAAUAAUAUGAUAUUAUAUAUUUAUAUUUAUAAUGUUGUUGUUAUGAUUGCUAUGAUUGUCUGUCGUUUGUGGUUCCCUUUCCAUGUGUCCGGGUCCCGUUCUUAUUGCCACGUGGCGCGAUUUGCUUUUUUGUUUUGUUUUGUUUUCUUCCCUCACUUCUUAAUUAUAUUUUUCUUUCACCCUUUUCUUUGUCAAAUCGUUGAUGUAUUAAUGACGUCUUUUUGUCGUUGUGUUGUCCUUCCUUUUUUUUUUGUUUUUUUUUUCAAUGUAUCAUCCCUUUUUUUGUCUCGCUUUGUUUCCCCUUCUCCCCCCCCGUAUUUCACUUCCUCAUUGCUUGCGUUACCGUUUCGCGUCCUUCCAUCGGGGAAGCGUUCGUAUGAAUUAUCAGUGAUCAGCAAGAACUGUGAGCAAAAAAAAAAAAAAGAAUUCUACGGCCCUUCCAUCAAGUGA